AAAACCUUGAGAAUCGAUUCCAGAAUUUUUUGGUAUUUUCUUAAACUUAAAUUUGGGUUGGCAGGUUGGCAAAAAACAUGAGAUUGAUUCUUUCUAAUUUGAUUCAUCUUCUUCGACUAAAAUCAAGGCAAAAGAAAAAAAAAUUAUUAGAGGUGGAUAAUUGUUCUGUGAGCUCACUGUUCAUUUUCUCUUUAGAGAGCAAAAUUGUAGAUCUAGUUUUUAUUUUGCUAGAGUUUCUUUUUUUUUCUGGUUGAUUGUUGCAGGAACUUAGAGAAAAAUAGGUGUGGAAGUGGCAGUGGGCAAAGGCAUCUCUCCUAGCCGAAACAACAAAAAAAUUUAGCAAAAAAAGAAAAAAAAAAAUCUCCUAGACGAAGACUUCGGUUUGAUUGUGAAUAAACCAAAACUUGUGGGUUGUUCUCUCCUUCUCUUCAACCUCCUUAGUCGCUGAUCGCCGAUCUUCAACAGUGGGUGUGAAACAAUAAUAGAGCGAGAUACAAUGGCGAUGAGUUUGAUGAACAGAGCAAUCUCAAGAACCGAAACCGUCGGUGCUUUCAGACUCUCUUCUUCAACCUCUCUUUCUCUCUCUCUUCCAAUUUUUUAAAUUUCUCCCUUUCUUCUCUCUCUCUCUCUCUCUCACUACGACAACUCCGUUUGUGCUCCUCAAACGGACAAAUCAGCUUCUGCUCAUUCUAUGACUCCAGGGGAAACUAUCGCUGUUAGCUCUGUUAAUAUCAAAGGUGCCACUGCCUUUGAAGUUGCAGUUACUUUAACACCUCAAGUUGUCGUUGCGGUAGUUUAAUGAGCGAGGAGAUUCAAUUAGAAAACAAAGAACAAGUUGCUGGCUGGAGUCAAAGUGAUGCUAAUGGUGUAUUUUUGUCAGUGGUAGGUGUUUCAUACUGACUGAUGACUUGAAAGUAGCAGUCAAGUCUACUGAACUUGUCCUGGAGAAGCUCAAAUCCGUAGGUUGUGCUGAUGUUAAUAAGCUUGGUGAAAUGCUUCUUGAUAUCGGUUUGGAAGAGGUACUUACUCUGCUGGAAUGUAUAUUCACCUCAAAUGCUCCCUCGACGGACACUUUCUUGAACAAGCAAAGUCAACAAGGUAUGAAGAAGAUAUACAAAUCGUUCAGUCCAUGUUUGGAGAAGAAAGAAGAGGAAGCAGAACCUGGAAAGGUAAUAACUUUGAAAGCAAUAGUGAGGAAGCAGGACAUGAUGAUUUUAUAUGUGGAAUGCGCAGAGGAAUUUGUUGAGCUCCUCUUCUCUUUUCUUGUUUUCCCUUUGGAAUCUGUAUUGGAAUUUUCUGGCAGCUCUAUCUCUUUAGGUUGCAUUGGAAACUUGUGUAGAAGCUUCAAGGAACUGACUGCUAAAGAGGGGACUGGACUGUCAAACUCCAUAUGCACGCUUCCCCCUUUUUAUAGUUUCCAGAUGCAGUUGCCUGGUAUCAUUACUCAACAGCCUCCAGUAUGCUACCCCAAAUACAGAUUCGAUCAACUGGCUUUGAUGGAUCCCAAAUCCUCUGGCAGCAGCAAGUCUACUCAAUGUUACAGGUUCUUGAAGAAAGGAAGAAAGUUUACCGUGUUAGAUGAUCUGACCAUUACAUCUAACUCGUGCUCCACUGUCAGCUUACUGAAGAAGUUUCAGAGUCACGCAGACGACCUAGAGGUGAAAGAAAUCAGCAUAAGCAAUGCAGAGGCUUUGAAUUUGUUGAGAGCUUCAUUGGUGACAUCCUCUGCUUUGAACACGGCUUUUUGGAGUUUGUUUGCCGAGAAAGUGAAAGAGGAGACUGAUUUAGGGGACCCGGUUUCAAAGAAGGUGAAGGAAGAAGAGACUUGAAGAUGAGGAUGAUCUCCAAGUUGCGACUAAUCCAUUGUUAAUUAUGUUUUUUAAAUUCUGCAAAAUCUACAUUUAUCUUCCUCAUGUUUUCUUAUUAGUGGAUUUCCAAGCUUUUUGUUC